AUGGCUCUCUUGCAGAGGUUUCUAAGGCUGAUCGCGUUUCAAACAGAGCGCGAACGAGUCGUCAUACUGGGUAGCGGGUGGGCCGGAUACACGGUUGCACGAGGGCUCGACCCCAAGAAGUACCAGGCCGUCGUUGUGUCGCCGCGAUCGUACUUUGCAUUCACGCCUUUGCUUGCCUCUACAUCGGUGGGAACUCUUGAAUUUCGAACCGCGAUGGAGCCAAUACGCACCAGGAGGACACACGUCGACUUCUUCCAAGGGUGGGCAGACCAGGUUGACUUCAAGAACAAGAAGAUCACAAUUGAAGAGGCAGUGGAAGAACGGGCGCAAUCCACGGCUGGGGUAGAGGAAAGAGAUGCUGGGGAGUCGAAAGAGCACAGACAUGAGAGGAGAGAGGUGGAAGUGCAGAAAGGCAAACUGUUCGAUCUCACUUACGACAAGUUGAUCGUUACUGUGGGCUGUUACAGCCAGACGUUUGGCACGCCUGGAGUGAAGGAGCAUGCGAUGUUCCUGAAAGACGUAGGCGAUGCACGCAAGAUCCGGAACCGCAUUCUGGCAUGCUUCGAAACCGCAGCUUUACCGACAACUACCGAUGAGCAGCGCAAGCAACUUCUAAAUUUUGCUAUCGUUGGCGGAGGGCCCACCGGCAUUGAGUUCUCCGCCGAGCUACAUGAUAUCAUCACGGAAGACCUGGCACGCAUCUAUCCUGAAUUAGUUAAGUUCUCCAAAAUCACGGUAUACGAUGUCGCAAAGAAGGUACUCCCCAUGUUCGACGAGAAGCUAGCCCAAUACGCCAUGGAUACCUUCGCACGUGAAGGUAUCGAUAUCAAAACAGAUCACCAUGUGGAAGAACUGCGCCCAGGCGCUCCUGACGAGAAUGUCUCUUCGAAAGAUGACCACUUGGUGUACACUCUUAAGGUCAAAGAAGGAGGCGCUCUCGGCGUCGGUAUGGUGGUCUGGAGCACCGGACUGAUGCAGAACCCAUUUGUAGCCAACGCGCUCAGCCACGUUCACGAGAUCCCCAACGACUUCAGACGACUCGAAGGGCCAUCCAACGAUCCCGGAAACCUCCACUGGUGUGUAAAGAUCGACGAGAAGACAGGCUCGGUGGUGACCGACACACGCCUUCGUUUGAAACUUGUCGCCGAUACCAAAGAAGACACCAAGCCAGAGGCCAUUCUGGACGAUGUUUUCGUCCUCGGCGAUUGUGCCAUCAUGGAAGGAACCCAAUAUCCUGCAACGGCACAAGUUGCCGCCCAAAAAGCUAGCUGGUUGGCUAAGCGCCUCAACAAAGGUGAUAUCGAGAAGACGAGCGGCUUCGCAUGGAGGAACAUGGGCGUGAUGGCGUACAUAGGCAAUUGGAAUGCACUGCUUCAGGGCGGCGGAAACACCGGUGGUAUUUCUGGACGACUUGCGUGGAUCGUUUGGCGUGGAGCAUACCUCACCAAGAGCGUGAGCUGGAGGAACAAAAUCCUAAUUCCUGUCUAUUGGGCGAUCAAUUGGCUGUUUGGGCGGGACGUUAGUCGCUUCUAG